UGCCAGCUCUACCUAGCAGACGCAGAUUGUAAAAUCGAAUUUUUCAAAGUGAUGCAUUUAACCAGACAAAACCAAUAUUAAUUCCCACAAAAUAGUCAAUAAAUAUAUACAAAUAAUCGAAUUAAUAACCCUGGCAUUAAGUGUACGCGUGUGCCUAAUAAGAUUAUCCGAAAAUAUAUAAUAAAAAAAGGUAAAAUCGACAUCGCCGACAACGACGACGACGACGACAGCGGAAUACCUAAAAGCAGCAGCGAAGCCAUCGGCGGAACGCAGAAUAAAGAAACAAGGAAACAUUUGCCAAGCCAAGCAACAGCAGCAGCAGCAACAAGAAAAACCACUUCAACAAAAGAGGAUAACAUAUUGGAAGAGCUCACACAUACAAACACAUCCACACACUCGUGCACACACACACACACCACACACUUAUAUAUACACCGAAGAAAAAGUUGAAAGAGAGACCAGACAUUGUUACUGUGUGUGUGCGUGUUGUGUACAUGAUAGUGUGUGUGUUGUACGUGCCCGGUUGAAACGGUGGGAAAGUAAACCGACAUCUUUUUUGUACGAGAGUUUUGCAAUCAGAAACGACAACCAUCGACCAACAACAACAACCAGUCAGACAGACGUAGUCAAGGCAGCCCUUUGAUAACACGCACGCACAAGCAGCGAUCGCUCACCAACUAACCAAAAGAGAGAGGGAGCGAGAGGGCUCUACGAAGCGAGUAAGAGCGAGCGUUCGCGAGAGAGUGCCAGCCAUCGACCGAGAGAUCGGUCUCAAUAUUAAGCUGCAUUUAUUCAAUAUUUAAAGUUGAUUCGACUUCCAAAUGAAAACACUUGUUUUGAGUCCAGAUGAUUUGCAGAACUUUAACAAGUUCAUUUAUGAUCCCAAGUCUGCCGCCCACCUGGCGGCCAGUGCUGGGGCCAUAGGAGCGGCGGCUGCGGCCGCAGCUGCUGUGCAGCAACCAGCGGGAGCAGUGCAAUUGGUCACAGGAGGCGUGGGCGUUGCAGCUGGUGGCAUGGGCAUUGGUGUGAUGCCCACAGCAGUGUCCACUGCAACAACGACAUCGGCAGCGACAGCAAAUAAUAAUCUAAUGGCACUGCAUUACUAUUUAAAGCAUCCAGGAGCCCCACAACCACAAAUGUUGGCCACCACAACAUCAUCGUCACAUCAGCAGCAGCUCCAUCAUCAUCACCAGCAGCAGCAACAGCAACUGUUGGCCCAAUCCCAGACACAGCUGAAGCAACUGCAAUUAAAACAGCCAACAAUUCAUCAGCAUCAGCAGCAUAUAAGCUAUCAUCAUCCCUACUAUCAGCAGCAGCAACAGCAGCAGCAGCAGAGCAUUCAAUUGUCCAGCAACUCGCAUCUUCAGAAGACACAAUCACAGACACAGCAUCAACAGCAACUCCAGCAGCAGCAACAGCAGCAAUCGCAUCAUCAUCUACCCGUGCACGCUUUGAAUCAAAAUUCCAAUUUCUCUGCGGCCAGUUCAAGUACUGGCGGCACCGCCUCAAGUCAUGCCCCCACCUUGCAAUCGAAUGGUUCCAGUGUGUCGCCCAACAUUAUAUCAAGAGUCACGCCACAAGUGGCGCAAUCGACAAAUCCCCAUUCGACAAGCACGACCAGCAAUACAACCAAUAUAGCUGCUGCGGCAAAUGCUUUGCUAAGAGCAGCAAAUCCUGCCACCUGCUCAUCAUCAUCCUCAUCGUCGAGCUCCUCCUCGGCCUCCAAUUCAUCAGCAACGUCCACGAGCAGCUCGGCCGGCUCAUCGAACGCUUCCAGUUCAACGAACUGUGCCAAGAAACUAAAAACGGAGCCAGUCCUCUCGCAAUACAAUCAAACGGAGCGUCUAAAUUUCGCCAACACAUACAUUGUGUGGAGCGAGGAGCAUUGGCGUCGCGUCAUCUUUCACGAUGAGCGUCGCUUCAAUUUGGAUGGUCCCGAUGGUUUCUCCUAUUACUUCCACGAUCUAAGAAAUUAUGAGCGCACUCUUUCCCAGCGUCCGCGUGGCAAUUCGGUCUACAUUUACCUGGUGAUCUGUGUGGGUGGAGCCCUGCAUUUGGAGGUGACCUCAGCCAAACAGCGUCCCGAGUCCUGCAUUGAGGCCAUACUGCGUGAGCGUCCCAAUAUCGUUAGCAAAUUGGGCGGCAGCACAGAGUUCGUGCUCCAGGAUCACAAUUGGAUGUCACACGCACUGCCCACUGCCCAGGAAUUGCUCAAUGCCGAAGGCCUCAAGACCCAGAAAUGGCCAACAGUUGCCCAUGACUUGAAUAUAAUGGAGAAUAUUUGGGGUUGGCUCAUUCGCGAGGUUUUCGAUGGUGGACGGAAAUUCUCACGGAAAGAUGAUUUGAUAUUUCGCAUUAAGGAGGCGUGGUCGCGAUUACCACUUGAUUUGAUCACUAAUCUAUAUAGCACACUGCCGGAAAGGAUCACAGAAUUGUACUACACACAAGGCGUCUAUACGAAUUGUUGACACCGACCGACCACCGACUGGGCCUGGCAGUUAUGCACAAGGAUAAUGUUCUAAGGAAAUGAAAACCAUUACAAGAACAACAACAACAACAACAACUGCAAUCUGGGAUAAAGGAAAAAAAGAAAUCUUUAUAUACAAUUUAACUUAACAAUUUUUUGUGUAUAGCUUUAAGAUAUGUGCAAAAGGAAGAGAGGAAGAACGGAACAAUGGAGGAAAGAAAGAUGCCAAUGCUGGUAUUGAUGAUGAUCCUAAUCCCGAAGACGAUACGGAGAUAUAAUGAAUGAGGUUUAAGGAUAUAAUUUUUCCUUUUUUUUUUUUUUAAUUAGUUAUUAAACCAAUUUUUGUAAUUAGUGUUUUUAUUAUAUGCCCUUUCUUCCUUUUAAAACCCAACCACCCAUCCCCGUCCUUCCUCUAUUCCCUUCCUCACUAUGAAUGUAAGCUUUAAUUUUAGUUAUCCCCUUCCCCUCCCACCACUACCGUAACAACCACCACCCAAACCUUCAAGUUAGUUACAACAAACUUCAGUUAAUUGCAACUCUUUAACUCCUUUUGUUAAUUGUUUUUAGUUAUGAAAAAAUAAUAAUAAUAUUAAUAAUGUAAAAGGAAAGAAGGAAAAGAAAAUUACAUGCGAACAAAAUUAAGGCAAAGCAAGUAAAACAUAAAAACUUGUAAUAGCGGGGGGAGUUGAUAUACCUACAUAAAGAUAUACAUAUAUGUGUAUAAACAUUUAUAAAUGUAUAUAUAUAUAUUGGUAUCCUUAAUCUUCUCCCCCCAAUAAAAAUCCCUUACUUUGUAACUAAAGUAUUAUUUUAAGGCAUAGUUUUUUGUUGUAGCAAAUUACAUAAACUCACAUUAAAAAAAGGAAGAAGAAACUAA